AUUUUUAAGAUGAUUCUAGGAUUAUGAACAAAGACUUUUGAUACAAUUUUACUAUUUUGCAUUCAAUAAUAUGGGCAAAAAGCACAAGAAACAUCACAAAUUAGAACGGCGAUCUGAUGAUGAACAUGAGCCGGAACCAGAGCUAGAAAAACCCAUCACCAAACCUUUGAAAUUAGUUUUAAAAGUUGGUCCACCAUCAGACAGUUUAUCCGAUAACUACAGCUCUCCUGCUCAUGAUGAAGGAGGUAAAAAACAUAAACAUAAGAAAAAAAAGAAGAAGAAAUCGAGUGAGAAAGAAAAACAUAGAAGCGAAGAGGGAAGUCGAAAGAGGAAAGCUGAAGUACAGGUAGAUGAAUAUGAAAAUGAGGAAUCUCCAUUAAGUAAAAAACAGGCAUUAGACCAUGAUGAUCAAGGCAUUACAAUUGUAGAAGAACAAACUGUAAUUAAAAAUCCAGAAAGCAGAUUGGUAGAAGUACCACAAAAUGUCAAUGAUGGCGCGGUUUUAAAAGUCUGUUUACAAUAUCUUCAAAAAACAAUACAACUUAAAGAUACCAAUGGAUUUUUUGCAUUCCCCGUCACUGACGCUAUAGCUCCAGGAUAUUCCAGUAUUAUACAUCAUCCAAUGGAUUUUAGUACAAUGCAGAUUAAAGUAGAAAGUGAACAAUAUCAUAGUGUAGGAGAAUAUAAGAAAGAUAUGGUAUUAAUGUGUAAUAAUGCUAUGACUUACAAUAGACCAGAGACUAUAUAUUAUAAAGAAGCUAAACGCUUGCUAUUUAUUGGUGUUAAACUACUAAGUAAAGAGAAGUUAUUACAUAUGAAGAAGAGUAUGAGUUUUCUAGCUAAUUUGUCAUUAGAAGAAAUAGGAUUAGAUGAAAUGGAUAAAUCAGCAGAAGUGGUUAAUCAAAUCAAUGAAGAAGAUCAGAGGCAGAAAGAAUUACAGAAGAAAAAAGAAAUACAAAAUAAAAGUUUAGGAAGAUUUGAGGCUGUUCCUGAUAAUUUAUCACCAGAAGAGAUUUUAGCUCAAGCUCAAGCUGCUGCUAAAGAAGCUAAAGAAGAAUUAACAUUACGACAACCAAGAACAGACUUUGUAUUCUUGAGGAAAAGAGAAGAUGGAAGUACAACAUUAAAUAUUUUAAAUCCUCAUAAUGAUGGUAGAGUCAGUGAAACAGAGAAAGUAGUUAAUAUUGGAUCAUUGGUGGGUAAAUUAACAACUGGUACUGGUUCUUUAAAUACAUUUAAAGAAGACAAACGCAAUAAAAUUACUCCAGUUAAUUAUUUAAACUAUGGUCCAUUUAGUAGCUAUGCUCCAACAUAUGACUCGUCAUUUUCUACCCUUUCUAAAGCUGAUAGUGAUUUAUUAUUAUCUACUUAUGGUGAUGAGACUGGUGCUCAAUAUGCUUCAAGUGUUAUGGAUUUUGUUGAUACUGCUGGUGAUUAUGCUGUUAAAAUGGUGAAUAAUUUAUUAGACAUAUUAACAAAAUGUGAACACUCUAAAACCCAGAGAACAUUAGAAGCUAGAAGAAAAGAAGAUGAGAACAAAGAACCUGCCUCAAGUGAACAGUCUACUGUAGAUACUUCUAUAGUUAAAGAAGAGUCACCAGUAGAUAAAAUACAACAACAAUUAGAUCAUACAGCUAGUCUAAUAACUUCUUUACAUGAUAAACAGAAAGAAAGACUAUCAUCUAAAUUACCAUCUCAUUUAGCUCAUAUACCUGGUCCUAGUGAGAAGGAGACUGAACUAGCUGAAAAAGUUACACAAGAAUUGACUGCUCUUGCUAAAGCAGCUGCUCCACAAGACAUUGUUAGUAUGAAUUCAGUGCGGAAAGCUAUGGGAAUAACAUUGAAACCAAUUUCAUCAUCGGGUGAUGGCCAGCAAUCAAACACACAACCAUCAUCAGACACCCAGCAACAUGCAGACCCCCAACAACCAGCAGACACCCACCAACCAACAGCAUAUGCCAAUUCUACUGCACCAAAUGAUAAUGUCAGUUCUCAACCAAUAAAAACAGAAGAAACUGAUAUGGAAACUACUUUUCAGGAAUUGUUGGAAUCUAGUGCUUAAUUAUAAAUACCUUCAGAGAUUGUAGGUACUUUCUCUACUCAAGAAAUUUUCUACUGCAUCGAAGGAUGUUAAAAUUGUGACCUUAUGUCUAAAGAGUCCUUAAGUUUCUGUUGAGAAAUUGAUGUAAAAAGAUAUCUUAUUAUUAUGUAAGAAGGGUGGGAAUAACAAAUGAAUGGAAUGAAACUGUGUUUUAUGUCUUAGUUUUCUCAACAUGGUUAGGCUAAUGAAGAUGUCAAAACCAUACAGUGUACAUAAAGGGAAAUGUGUACUGCCAUGAAAUUCAACAUGUUUGUUAUUUUAAUGUGUAUGUGGUCAUUUGUUUUUCAUUUAACAUAAUAAUCAUCAUUAUCAUCAUCAAAAAAAAGUAACUUCAUAAAGUGUUAUAUGUAUAUGAUGACACAAGAAAAUUACACAGGAAGAAAAAGUUUCUUCUGGAACACUUGAUGUCACUCUGUAAAUGGUUUGUCAUUUUUUUUUGUCCCUUUUAGACGUAUAUGUAUUUGGUAUGUCAGAAUUUGACAGUAUUUUGAAUACCGAGGAUACUGACUUUUUCCAUCUAUUAUAAAUAACAAGUUUAGUUAUUUUCAUGAAGAAAUUUAUUUAUUCCAUGUUAUACAUGAUUCAAACAUAACAACAAAUAGUAUUAUAUACAUAUCAUUAUACAACAAAAUAUUACUUUUAUUGUGUAUACUAAAGGUUUUAUAGCCUUUUUAAUAAUUACAGUUUCUAAUUCUGCCAAUAGCGAUGACUGGUCCAAAUGUCUGUGGUUCCAGUUAUUCCAAUAGUAAUCUUUAGAUUAUAUGAACAAAAUUCCUGGCAUAUCUAGAAACUAUCUGUGUCCCUGAUAGUCUCUGAAUUCUAUGUAGACAACCUAUAGGUAAUACGUCAAAUUUAAAAUAAUGUUAUUCAUAAAAGCAUACAGAAGACCUUUUAAAAAUGUGUCUCAAUCAUCUGUCAUGAUAACUGUUUUGUACACAUACAAUUUUAUUAUUGGCAUUUUACUAAAGGUUUUCAAGAGAUACCAAAUUAAAAGAGCUGUUGAAAUUGAACACAAAUAAUCACACACAUAUAUUUAAAACACAAGGUGGAGGAUCCACUGUAGUUAUGUUACAAUAACAGUAUUGAUUAAACAAAUUCAACAGUAUUAUUUGUCAAGCAUCUUAAAGGUGAUCUGACAUUAAGGAGGGAGUUUGCUUCUGAAACAGUACAUAACAUUGCAAGAACAUACAAAAUCAUUACUAGUAAACAUGAGGUCAAAUGUUAUGUAAUGUGGCAAGUAACAUUAUUUAUAAUUUUUAACUUAUAUCAUUAAAUUCAUUUCAAAUAUAUUCC